CACCUAAAAUGGAUGUGCGGUGCUUCGCCUCAAUCCUCGAUCACGUGGCGCCGCAGUUCCUGGACGCCUGAUGCAUUUUGUGACUCGAUGUAGCGGAAAAGCAAUGGCUGAGGAGCGGAACCGCGCAUCAACAUAGACUGGGGCAGUGCGGAAAGGGAUACGAGCAUUAUAAAAUACACCAUCAUCAACAACAACAACAACGAGGAGGACGAGAAGAGACUGUCUGAGCAGCAAGGAGCCUCCUUCGCGCUUUCUCUCUCGCAGUGUUUUUUUUUUCCCCAAGGAGAGAGGGGGGGAAACAAAGAUCUUGGGAUCCUCAGUGUUGUGCACAAAAAAAAAGGCAGACCGUGGAAAAAAAAAAAAAAAAAGAGGGGGUUGUCAAAGUCCCGACCUGUGCCGCGUUCUUCUCUACAUUGCAAACAAAGAACAGUUGCUUCCAGGUCACACACACACGUUUAUUUAAUUUUUUAAUUUUUAUUUUCCCGCUGGCAGUUUGGCAUAGACGCCGGUUUUAUGGAAAUACAAGACUCUGCGCACAUUAUGAACCGUGUAAUCUAGACACGCUUUGAGAAAAAAUAUAUAGAUCUAUAUAAAAAAAGAGAGUUGUCUAGCCGGCGAUCGAAAAAGGGAGGACGAUUUCUUAUUUUUUGACUGGAUUCACAGAUUUCUUUUGACACUAAAGAAAUAUAUACCUAUUUUGAACGGUUUGGUGUUUGGUUGCCGGACAUUUAAGAAACAAAACACGAAAUUGACAUGAUGUUUCCACAAUCCAGACAUUCAGCUUCCUCUCAGUCGUCGCAGCAGCUGAAGUUUACAACUUCUGACUCCUGUGAUCGAAUCAAGGACGAGUUUCAGUUCCUCCAGGCGCAGUACCACAGUUUGAAAUUGGAAUGCGACAAGCUGGCCAGUGAGAAGUCGGAGAUGCAGCGUCACUAUAUCAUGUACUAUGAAAUGUCCUAUGGCCUGAACAUUGAAAUGCACAAACAGGCUGAAAUCGUGAAGAGGUUAAACGGGAUCUGUGCUCAAGUCCUCCCCUAUCUGUCACAAGAGCACCAGCAGCAGGUCCUGGGUGCAAUCGAACGUGCCAAACAGGUGACCCCCCCAGAGAUGAACUCCAUCAUUCGGCAGCAGCUCCAGGCUCAUCAGCUCUCCCAGCUCCAGGGACUGGCCUUGCCGAUGACCCCCCUGCCCCUGGGCCUCACGCCCCCCUCCCUGCCCGCCGUCACCUCCAGCUCCGGCCUCUUCUCCCUCUCCAGCAUCCUGGCCUCGCAGGCACAGCUGGCUAAGGAGGAGAAGGCAGCGCGAGAGGGGGGAGACAACCACCGGGACGAGGAAGCCGAGAAGUCAGACUAGCACCGAGGGGGCAGGCGCGGGCGGCUUUACUUCUGUUCAUUUCUCUUCUCGUCUGUCUUCUGUCUCAGUGAAUCCUUUCACAGGCUCCCCCUUUUGAACAUGUACAACAAACAAGCACACACAAACACUAGCAAUGGUUGGCAGGCAGGGCAACGAAGGAAUUUUUAUCUAGUUGUUUUUAAAGCUGGGUAACUCUAUGCUGAAUCCUGGGGAGUUUCCUGAAAUCCUUAAACACAAUUAAGUAGGUUUUUGUGUAAAAACUCACAAGCCGAACAGAAACUGAAAAACAAAACUGACGUUGGGUAAACUGCUUGAGUGUCUCUCUCUCUCUGCAUUUGCAUGCUUCCAGAGCUUGAACGCUUUCAACCCCUUUCAGGUGGGGGUGAGGGGUGGGUGGUCGGGGGCAGACAGACAGGGUGGUUACAGCUGUGGCACAGAAGCAGGCGUCGCCACCCUGCCUGCCUGCCCCAGUCAACGUCCCUACCAUUAAUAAGACGACCUGCGCUGAUUAUAGCGCCUUUCAUCUUCAAUGACAUAGAAGAAAAACAUUUCAAUAAAUAACGAAACCAGCCCCGCCCCGUCAUGACCACAUUCCCAAACAUCAAGGGUCUCGAUCCAGCAUGUCAAAUACCACUGCCUCUCCAGCGCUCUGUAUCCGUCUCUCCUCCUCUCUCUAUCUCUCCUCCAUUCUGUAUCUGUCUCUCCUCCUCUCUGUAUCUCUCCUCCAUUCUGUAUGUCUCUCCUCUGCUCUGUAUCCGUCUCUACCGCUCUCUCUAGGUACACUCUCCACCUCUAUCUUCUCCACUCUGUAUCCGUCUCUCCACCUCUAUCUCUCCUCCGCUCUGUAUCAGUCUCUCCACCUCUAUCUCUCCACCUCUCUAUCUCUCCUCCUCUCUGUAUCUCUCUCCUCCUCUCUGUAUCUCUCUCCACCUCUCUAUCUCUCCACCUCUCUGGAUCUCUCCACCUCUCUGUAUCCGUCUCUCCUCCAUUCUGUAUCGGUCUCUCCCCCUCUCUGUAUCCGUCUCUCCUCUCCUCUAGCUCCACUCUCCACCUCUCUCUGUAAUCUUUAGCAGAAAUAUAAAAAGCUGAUUGACCUGUUCCUGAUCAGGAUAUUAUUUUUAUUUUUUAUUUUGAGGGGUGCCCCUCCUAGAUGCGACGAGAAAUUGAAAACAAAAAAUAAACACAUACUUGUACAAUGGAAGGCAGCGUGAUUUUAGGUGGGUACCAGUUCUACUUUAAACAGUAAAUACAAAUAGCAUAGUCUACCAUUGUGAAAUAUUCAAACUGGCUUCGACAACAAUAAAGGAAUGGAGCGUCUUAACUUUACAA